AGAACAUCAUCAGCCUCCUUCUCCCCAACACACAAGCACCGCAACAAGAGCCGUACAGCAAUCAUGUCGCAGCCAAAGGUUUCCUCAAAGAAAGAGUCUUCCAAGGUGCACAAGCUUGCGCUCAAAGGGUCUUCCAAGGUGGUGUCCGAGUUUUUUGAGUAUUCAAUCAACACUAUCUUAUUCCAGCGCGGCGUGUAUCCUGCGGAAGACUUCACUGCUGUCAAAAAAUAUGGCUUGACGAUGAUGGUGACCGCAGACGAUCAAGUCAAAGCCUACAUCAAGAAGAUAAUGUCCCAGUUGAAAGAUUGGAUGUACGGUGGAAAAAUCUCAAAACUUGUCAUUGUCAUCACGAGUAAGGAGACUGGAGAACACGUGGAGCGGUGGCAGUUCGAUGUUCAAUUAUUCGGAAAGCCAUCGAAGGCAAAAUCUUCCAAAAAGACAGCGAACAAAGAGAACACCGGUCCAGAUGCGGGAGAGCCAGUUCCUGAGAAGACCGAGCAGGAGAUUCAAGCUGAGAUACAGUCUAUCUUCCGCCAAAUCACUGCCUCGGUCACAUUUCUGCCAAUGCUGGAUGGCAAUUGCACAUUCAAUGUGCUUGUCUAUGCAGAUGCAGACUCAGACGUGCCACUGGAAUGGGGUGACAGCGAUGCCAAGGAAAUCAAGAAUGGCGAGAAGGUACAGCUGCGGAGUUUCAGCACGAGUAAUCAUCGCGUGGAUACACUAGUCAGCUAUAGGUAA